AUGGCCGCGGCGCUCAUCAUUACCACUGUACGACUGAUGACGGAGCAGCCGCCGGACGCCGAUACCGGCGACGACGGUAGUGGCGGCGUGCGGCUCGUCGCUACAGCUGCGGCCGCCGCCAACAGCAGCGGCUGGGCCCUUCUGGUCCGCGGCGGCGGAUGGCACUCUGGAACAGAGCUGGUGACGCAUCAUGGUUUCGGAGGUGCCAUGGUGGGUGUGAUGGACAUCGUGUUUUCUUUUAGCGGCCAAGAGAACUGGAUGCGGUUCCUCACGGGAAUGGCGGACAGUACGCAAUUCACGGCGUCCGUGGCGCUCUCUACCGCCGUACUGACGCCGCUGCUGGCAUUAGUGGGCGCCGCGGGCUACGCGGCGCGUGGCAACGAUCUGGAUCCCUCGCGCCCCAUCACCAGCGAGCUGCGGCCCGGUGGUUGGUCGUUGGUGGUUAAUGGCUGCGUUUUGGUUUCGGUGCUCAUAUCCUACCAAAUUAACCUCAACGUGUGGGCCCGCCUGGUGCUGGGGCUGUGCGGACCCAGGUCUGUGCGCGAGCAACUGAGCGGUGGCGGCGGCGGCGGCGGCGGCGGGGAGAGUGAUAGCGGCGGCGAGGAGAAGCACGAGGAGCAUGGUUGGUAUGGCGCAGGCGAAGGCGCAGGUGGCAGCAGUGCGGCAGUCACGCAUGAGGCGCCACAACGGGGUGACGACGGCGCCGACGUGGCGGCGGCACCGGUGGCGGAGGGGAUUGCGGCGGCGGAGGGGUUAGUGGUAGUGCAAUUGCCGGCCCCGCCGCCAGCAGCGGCGGCGGCAGCGACGGCUGCUGCUGCACCCGUGCAGCCGCUGAGCCACCCUUCCGAGGACCUGGAGGCGACGGCACCAAGCGCCGGCGACAUCGCCAUCGCAGCGGCCGCAGCCGCCUCCGACGCCACCGCAGCGUUAAUGGUUAAGGGUACACAUGGGAAGCUGGCAGAAGCGGCGGAGGCGGAGGCGGGAGCACACCGGGAUAUCACCGGCAUCGGCAUUGGCGGCGAUGACGACGAGCUCUCUCAACCUCUGCUGUACGGCACCCACGGUACGGCAGCUUACCGCCACUACCUGGAGGAGCGCUGGCGCCGCCGCCGACUGGAGCGCCGUGCGGGCGGCGGCCGCGGUGCAGCGCCGCCGUUGCCACAGGGUUCCCAACGGCUGCUGUGGCUGUUGCUGACUUGCUGCGGCGGCUGCUUCGGAUACGUGGCGGCAUUUCUUUUGCCGUACUUCUCCGAGGUGGUGGCGGUCAUUGCGUCUGUGGGCGACAUGGCGCUGAUGCUGGGGCUGCCCUGCUUAUGCGCGUUGCAGCUGCUGCGGCUGAGCCGAGGCGAGCGGAUGCUGUGCUGGUUCUUGACGGGGUUGGCUGUGGUGCUGUCGGUUUUUGGGGCGGUGCUGUCUAUUGAGCGGCUCGUGGAUAAGGUCCAUGGUAGCAGGUAG